AUGAUGAUGGCUUCUCCUUCAUCUCUAUCUCCGCCGGAGAUAUCCAUGGAACUACACAUGGCCAACCGAAAGAAGCUAUUAGGUUCACUUCGCGACCAUCUAUCUCUCUCCUCUCGCCAUCUCAGUGGCUUUGUCCUUCUGCAGGGUGGUGAAGAGCAGACUCGGCACUGUACCGAUCAUAUCGAAUUGUUCCGUCAGGAAAGCUAUUUUGCUUACUUGUUUGGAGUGCAAGAACCUGGGUUUUAUGGCGCUAUUGAUAUUGCGACUGGUGAAUCAUUACUUUUCGCUCCGAGAUUACCUGAUGAUUAUGCAGUUUGGUUGGGAGAAAUUAAGCCUCUGUCCUACUUCAAGGAAAGAUACAUGGUUAGCUUGGUUUACUAUACUGAUGAAAUAACAAAAAUUUUGCAUCACCAAUACCAAGGACCGGGAAAACCAUUGCUUUUUCUUCUGCAUGGGCUCAAUACUGACAGUAACAACUUCUCUAAACCAGCAUACUUUGAGGGGAUUGACAGCUUCGAGACAGAUUUAAAUUCACUACAUCCCACUUUGACUGAAUGCCGAGUCUUAAAGUCUCCGCUUGAGCUUUCUGUCAUACAGUUUGCCAACGAUAUAAGCUCUGAAGCCCAUGUUGAGGUUAUGAGGAAUGCAAAAGUAGGCAUGAAAGAGUAUCAGUUGGAGAGCUUGUUUCUUCAUCACACUUAUAUGUAUGGUGGCUGUAGACACUGUUCAUACACAUGUAUAUGUGCAACUGGAGGCAAUAGUUCUGUGCUCCACUAUGGUCAUGCAGCUGCACCUAACGACAGGACUUUGGAAGAUGGUGAUAUGGCAUUGCUUGACAUGGGAGCUGAAUACCAUUUUUAUGGUUCUGAUAUAACUUGUUCCUUCCCGGUAAAUGGGAAAUUUACACACGACCAGUCCCUUGUUUAUAAUGCUGUUCUUCGUGCACAUGAUGCCGUCAUAUCCAGCAUGCGACCUGGAGUAAGCUGGGUUAACAUGCACAAGUUGGCUGAAAGAAUCGUUCUGGAAUCGUUGAAGGAAGGACACCUCCUAACUGGUGAUGUUAAUGAUAUGGUUCAGGAGCGACUAGGUGCUGUUUUUAUGCCCCACGGCCUUGGACACCUUCUGGGAAUUGAUACUCAUGAUCCUGGGGGUUAUCCGAAGGGAGCAGAAAGGCCUAAAGAACCUGGUUUGAAGUCGCUGCGUACGAGCAGAGAACUCUUGGAAGGCAUGGUGAUAACAGUGGAACCCGGAUGCUACUUUAUCGACGCCUUGUUACUUCCAGCAAUGGAAAAUGAACAAACAUCAAAGUAUUUCAACCAUGUCCAGAUCAAGCGAUUCAGAGGUUUUGGCGGAGUUCGAAUUGAGAGUGAUGUGUAUGUCACUCCAGAUGGUUGUUUGAACAUGACCAAGUGUCCACGGGAGAUAAAAGAUAUCGAGGCUGUUAUGGCUGGUGCCCCUUGGCCGAUUAGCAAGACUAGUGGUUUUAUUCCUUCUGCGAGUGAGAAAACCUAA